CCAAAAAAUUAUAAUUAACCUCGUUUUAUUGUUAUAUUAUAUCACAUACUUAAUUUUAUUCAAAUUUUACUAAUUUCAUUAAUCAUAGUAGAUAUUCGAACAAAACGAUGAUUUGUUCGACGGGCCGCCUCAGGUUUUCGAAAAGUUUGUUAGCGUUUAGACGAAAUCUUUCGACCGCCACCAUGGAGGACGACGUGCUCUUCGAAGUCAAAAACGACGUGGGCAUCAUCACGUUGAACAGACCGAAAGCGUUGAACUCCCUCAACUUAUCGAUGGUGGACAAGAUCAGACCGAAACUGAAGGAGUACGAAUCGCAGGUACGGAUGGUGAUCGUCCAGGGUGCCGGCGGCAAGGCGUUUUGCGCGGGCGGCGACGUGAAGUCUAUCACCGUGAACGGGGUGGGCGCCACGUCGAUCGAAUUGGGCAAAAACUUCUUCCGGAGCGAAUACUCGAUGAACAGCAUGAUCGGUAAGUACAAGAUCCCGUACGUGUCGCUGAUCGACGGCAUCACGAUGGGCGGCGGCGUUGGCAUUUCCGUGCACGGCAAGUACAGGGUGGCCACCGAGAGGACGUUGUUCGCCAUGCCGGAGACCGCCAUCGGGUUGUUCUGCGACGUGGGCGGCAGUCACAUACUGUCCAGGCUGGAUAGGCACAUGGGCAUCAUGUUGGGCUUGACCGGGUGCAGGCUCUUGGGCAGUGACGUCGCCAAGGUCGGCAUUGCCACGCAUUACGUGCACAGUUCGAAGCUGGACGGUCUCCGGGCCAAGCUGAUCGAAGACGUCCGGGACCCGGGCAUCGUACUCGCGGAAAACGCGGAAGACUUGAGCGGCGUGAAGUUCACCAUGGCACCGUUCGUGGAGAAAAUCGAUUCGAUAUUUUCCCAUGAGCGAGUCGAAGCGAUUGUCGACGCGCUGAAAACGGACGGUUCGAAGUGGGCGCAGGGGAUGCUCAAAACGCUCAACGAAGUCAGUCCCACGGGAUUGAAAAUCACGCGAAAGGAGAUUUUGAAAGGGAAAAACCUCAGUUUAGACGAAUGUCUGAUAAUGGAACACCGAUUGGCGUACAGGAGCGUUGAAGCCAAAUAUUCCGAAGACUUUUUCGAAGGAGUCCGAGCACUGUUAAUCGAUAAAGACAAGAAACCAAAGUGGUGUCCAGCUUCAUUGGAAGACGUGAAAGAUGAAAUUAUUGACAAAUAUUUUGAACCAUUACCAAAAGAUGAGGAGCUACAAUUCAUAUAGAUAUUACAAUUUUAAUUUACUUAAUACAGUUAUUUUUAUAUAUAUAUUUAAGUACACACACGAAUUAAAGUAUAAUUUUUUUAAUUCAAAAAUUGUAUGUUCAGUAGUUUUGUUGGUAUGCUUAUUGGGACAAAUUUAAUACAGAUUAAACCUAAGAUAUACAAUAUAUAUACAUAUUAU